CUUCAAGACGGCUUGCUACUUUCACGCAUCUCAUCUCUGCAAAUCACAAUGUCUUUGGUCGCAAACGAGGAGUUUCAGCACAUUCUCCGUGUGCUUAACACAAAUGUUGAUGGAAAGCAGAAGAUAAUGUUCGCCCUUACCUCUAUCAAAGGUAUUGGGAGGCGAUUGGCCAACAUUGUCUGCAAGAAGGCUGAUGUCGACAUGAACAAAAGGGCUGGUGAGUUAUCUGCAGCUGAGAUCGACAACCUGAUGACAAUUGUGGCAAACCCGAAGCAGUACAAGAUUCCAGACUGGUUCUUGAACAGACAGAAAGAUUACAAAGAUGGAAAGUACUCUCAAGUUGUCUCCAAUGCACUUGACAUGAAGCUCAGGGAUGACCUUGAGCGUCUCAAGAAAAUCAGGAACCACCGUGGUCUGAGACACUACUGGGGUCUCCGUGUUCGUGGACAACACACCAAGACAACUGGUCGCAGAGGAAAGACUGUCGGUGUGUCAAAGAAGCGUUAAGCGAGAGCGUAGUGUUUGACUUUAUUGGAUAUGCAUCACAAGAACCGGUUUUGAUUUAUGUUUCUCCUUUGAACUAGUUUGUGAGACUCCUUUUGAAUCUAGUUCUCAGACCUUUACUAGUUUUUGGAACUCCUUUUGAAUCUAGUAUUAUGACCUUUUCGAUCUUGUGAUCUGUUUUCGUGUGCCAUUUGUUACACAUGUGCCUGCUUUCUUUAAUAGUAGCUUUUAU